AUGUCUUCUUCCACUUCUCUGAACCUAAGUCUUCAAUUGGGUUUUGCCAAGAACUGGACUUCAGCAUCUUUGAGACCAAGAACUAGCACUUGCUGCACUUGUCAGAAAAGGAGCACAUUGGAGCAGCAAAAGAAAGAAGAUAGAGAAAGCAGAGGAGAGAAAACCAGGUCACUUACGAAGGAUGAAACUGUCGUUUUCAAAUCUCAUAUAGAACAGCAACAUAGCCUUCCUCCAUUGGUUGGUGCAUUGAAAGCUUCAGCUGAAAAAAGUGCAGCCAGUUUUCACUUCCCUGGGCAUAAUAGAGGCCGUGCUGCACCAUCUUCUUUAACUAAGCUCAUUGGGAUAAGACCAUUUACUCAUGAUUUACCUGAGCUUCCAGAGCUUGACAACCUCUUUUCGCCAGAGGGGCCCAUUUUAGAGGCACAAAUGAAAGCUGCCAAACUAUUUGGAUCUUCAGAAACAUGGUUUCUUGUUGGAGGUACAACUUGUGGAAUCCAAGCUGCAAUAAUGGCUACUUGUUCUCCUGGAGAACAUAUCAUUCUCCCUCGCAAUUGCCAUAUAUCAGCCAUAUCUGCUAUGGUAUUAUCUGGAGCUAUACCAAAGUACCUAAUGCCUGAGUAUGAUUGUAAAUGGGAUAUUGCUGGUGGGAUCACUCCAUCACAGGUGGGGAAAGCUAUCAAAGAUUUGGAGAGGGACAGUCAAAAACCAGCUGCUGUUUUCAUAACAUCCCCUACUUAUCAUGGUAUAUGUAGCAACUUGAGGGAGAUUUCGCAACUCUGUCAUGCUUAUGAAAUUCCUUUGAUUGUUGAUGAAGCUCAUGGAGCACACCUAGGAUUUCAUCCCAGCAUGCCUCUUUCAGCUCUCAAGCAGGGUGCUGAUUUGGUGGUACAAUCUACUCACAAAGUUCUCUGCUCCCUUACACAGUCAUCAAUGCUACACAUGUCGGGGUAUAUCAUAGACAGAGAGAGAGUCUGUCGGUGCCUUCAAACACUACAAAGCACAAGCCCCAGUUAUCUGCUUUUAGCAUCAUUAGAUGCUGCUAGAGGUCAACUUGGUGAAAACCCUGGAACAGUUUUUAACAAAGCAUUGGAGUUGGCAACUGAAGCAAACACUCUCAUUAAAAAGAUUCCUGGUAUCAGUGUGCUUGACUUAGCAAGCUUCAAUGAAUUUCCUGCCAUUGAUCCCCUACGCCUCACUAUUGGUUCUUGGUCACUUGGUUUAUCUGGCUAUGAAGCAGAUGAUAUUUUAGAUAGGGACCAUGGAGUCGUCUCUGAGCUUGUUGGGACACAAUCCAUUACUUUUGCAAUAAACCUUGGAACUUGCAGGGAACAUAUUCAAAGGUUGGUCACAGGAAUAAAGAAACUAUCAGUGUCUUCCUUACAUUCCAGAACCAUGGAAAAGAGGUUUGAAUCCAAGAGAUGCUUUUUUGCAAAUAAAAGGAGUGUGAGUAUCAGAGAGAGUCUUGGGAAGGUCUGUGGUGAGCUUAUAUGUCCAUACCCACCUGGGAUCCCUGUGAUGAUUCCUGGUGAAAUUAUCACAGAGAGGGCUUUGAAUUAUCUGCUUGAUGUUAGAAGCAAAGGUGCUGUUGUUACUGGAGCUGCAGAUUCUCAUCUCUCUUCCAUAGUGAUCUGUGAUGUGUGA